AAAGGUCGUAUCUGAGCAGUUCCAAGAUGGCGGUGCCCGUGGACCUACUCUGUGUGGACGCUUUUCCGUCUCACCUGAGUCCAUUGGAUGGACUCCUGCCGCAGUCUCAUCUGGACUUGGUGAUCCGGAACCACUCGGACCCGCCGACACUGCUCUUCAUUCGGCAGCGGUCUCACGGCUUCGGAAGCCCGGGCGUUUUACUGCGCGUCCACCCGACCACCGAGGAGGACACGGUGGGCUGCGGAGGAACCGAGUCCAGCCCCGGGAGUCGCCUCCGCCUCGGCGUCAGCCGCUUCUUCUUGCGGCACCACGGGCUGCAGCGGAUCGGCAGCACCGGGACCGUCCGGGCCCUGGAGCCAAUCCGCCUGGACCGGGUGGUGCUGGGAGCCCGCAGUCUGAAGAGCCUCCGCUGGGCCGGGGCGGAACACUUCACAGGCGGACUGAUGGAGCUCUGCCGCCCGGGACAGUGGCUGCUGGUCCGGCAGGGAGACCCGCUGCUCCUGCCCGAACACCCGCUGCUGGGGGAGGACCCGGGACAGGUGCAGCAGCUGUUGUCGGACAUCCUGGUUCUGGACUGCAGUCCGGUGGUUCAGGGCCAAAUCACUCCCGACACCUCUGUGGUUCUGACUGAUUGUACUGAUUGGUCGGACCCCCCUGCCUCCACCCCUUGCAGGCCACUGUCACUGAAUGUGUCGGACUUUGCCCUUUACGCCGACAGCCUUGGAGGACACUCGCUGCUGGACAACAGGAAGCUGCUGGACUCAGGGAUAUGGGGCCUCCUGCAGGCUCUGGAGUGCAGGGUAGAGGUAUGCGUGGGGGACCCUCAGACUUGGGGUGGGGCCCUGGACGUGGACAGCUGCGUGUUUGUAGGGAAACGGCUGCUUCUCAGGCUUGGCCUCUUUAACCACGAGUGGGUGAAGCUGUGGAGGGCAGGCAGUGGCAGAGAGAGGCUGGUGUCUGUGGUGGUCAUGGAUCCAGAACCAAGCCCAGAACCACCGAACCACAUCAACAUGGGCCUGAUAUCAGCGACACUGUGGUUUAACCUGACAGAUGGAGAUGUGAUUCCACUGAGCAGCUGCAGCUUCAGGAUGAAGAGGUGGCGUUCUCAGGACCUCACCAUCUGUCGUUCUGACAGUUCAUGCCGUUCGUCUUCUCCGCCAUUUGCCUCAGAGCUCCACCUCCAACCAAUUGCGUCUCCGCUGAACAACAACCUCGGCUGCUACAACAACCUGCUUUCGCAACAUUUCAGCACCCCCAGACUGGUUUCAGUGGGAGACGUUCUGUCGGUUCCAGUUCAGAACCAUCCGGAUCUAUUAGAGUCCAGUUCAGAUGGAAUCCACAGGUGUCCAGUUCUUAGCUUCAAAGUGCAGAAGGUGUGUCCGCCGGUAGCAGAAGAAGAAGGAGGAGCAGCAGCUCAUCUGGCCGACAGACUGCACACGUCUCUCUAUCUGGGACCUCCCACCAACAGCCCCAUCCCCUGCCUCUUGGUGGGCGGAGAUGCACUCUGGAAUAGCCUGAAUCCUCCAGGACUCGGCAAGACUGUGGAGACCCUGUGCAGUAUCAUCAGUCCUCACCUGAACCACAGGUGUCUGUCCAGUUGCACCAUCCUCCUUCACGGUCCAGCAGGAAGCGGUAAAGGGACGGUGGUCAGUGCCGCCAGUCGCAGACUCCACCUCCACCUGCUGAAGGUGGACUCGGUGUCUCUGUGCGCUGAUACUCCUGCUGCCUCUGAAUCAAAGCUGUUGUCUGUGUUUCAUCGGGCAGAGGUUCUGCAGCCCUGUGUCCUGCUGCUCCAGAACCUGCAGGUUCUGCUGCGUCCCCGGGGGGGUGCAGAUGAGGACGGCAGGGUCCAGGCUGCACUGUGCCAGCUGCUCCAUAGCGCCCCCAGCAGGGUGGCGGUGGUGGCGACCGUCCGCAGACCCCGGGAUCUGUCUGCAGGCACCAUGGCGGUAUUUAUCCACCAGGUGGAGUUGGACACUCCCACUGAGGAGCAGAGACGAGCCAUGUUAACGAGUCUGAGCCGAGGAAUCCACCUGGGGAGGGACGUCGACUUGGGGAGGGUCGCCAAACUCACAGCGGGCCUGGUUCUUGGUGGUCUAUGUGCUCUGUUGUCUGAGGCAGGUCGUGCCUCCUGCAGGAGGUUGGUCGAGAUCUGUUCUGGUCGGACUGAGAAGGAUCUGUGCUCCAGCGGAGUCACCAUUCGGAACCAGGAUUUCAUUUCGGCCCUGCAGACCCUACAGGAGGUCCAGUCCAAAGCCGCUGGAUCCCCCAAGAUCCCUGAUGUUCAUUGGGAGGAUGUUGGAGGUCUGCAGGAGGUGAAGAAGGAGAUCCUGGACACGGUGCAGCUCCCUCUGCAGCGUCCGGAGCUCCUGUCUCUUGGUCUGAGCCGGACUGGAGUCUUGCUGUACGGACCACCCGGGACUGGAAAGACCCUGCUGGCCAAAGCUGUUGCUACUGAGUGCUCCAUGACCUUCCUCAGUGUUAAAGGUCCAGAGCUCAUCAACAUGUACGUGGGCCAGAGUGAGGAGAACGUCAGAGAAGUGUUCAACAGAGCGCGCUCAGCUGCGCCCUGUGUGGUUUUCUUCGAUGAGCUGGACUCUCUGGCACCCAGCAGGGGGCACAGUGGAGACUCUGGAGGUGUGAUGGACAGGGUGGUGUCGCAGCUUCUGGCCGAACUCGACGCUUUGCACUCGACUGCCAGCGUGUUUGUCAUCGGAGCAACAAACCGUCCAGACCUGCUCGACCAAUCGCUGCUGAGACCCGGAAGAUUUGAUAAACUGGUCUACGUUGGAAUCAACGAGGAUCGAGAUUCUCAGCUGCAGGUUCUUCAGGCAAUUGUCCGGAAGUUCCAUCUGGACUCUACCGUGAACCUGCAGGAAGUUCUGGAGAACUGCCCAUGUCAUAUGACCGGCGCCGACCUCUAUGCGCUGUGUUCAGACGCCAUGACUGCUGCCGUCAAGAGGAAGAUCGCACUCAUCGACCAACGUCUGGAUUCAGAGGAUUCUCGGCUCCUGGUGUCAAUGGACGACUUCAAGACUGCUCUGGAGAACUUCCAUCCAUCUGUUUCAGAACAGGAGCUGAUCCGAUACCAAAAUAUUCAACAGAAACUGACCACGACCUGAAAACACAGACCUGAAGUUAAUGAAAAACCACAGAUAAAUGAAAAUGUAAAUGAUGUACAGUUAAUGGCAAAUCUGUAAAUAAGUUUAAUGAACAUUUGUUAAUUUAAUUAAAUAAAAAACACUAAAACCAACAUGUGAUUUUUAU